UGCCGGGGGGAGGGGGGAGGAGGAGGAGGGGCGUCAAGAUGGCGGCGGGGAGGUAGGCAGACCCGGACGCAGCCUCCGACGCCGCCGCCUCCGCUCCUGCAGCCUCGCCGCCCCCGAGUCCUCGCUGCCUCCGCGACGCCGCUGGCUCGCCAGACCUAGAGGAGAAGAUGGUGGAGCCAGGACAAGACUUACUGCUUGCUGCUUUGAGUGAAAGCGGAAUUAGUCCAAAUGAUCUUUUUGAUAUUGAUAGUGGAGAUCCAGGUCUAGCAACUCCAACACCUACACCACCUGUUCAGCAGUCAGUGCCACUUAGUGCAUUAGAACUAGGCUUGGAUACUGAGGCAACAGUUCCUGUUAAGCAAGAACCAGAGACUGUAUCUACUCCAGCACUAUUAAAUGUUAGGCCACAACCGCCAUCUACUACAACUUUUGUGCUGAAUCAAAUAAAUCAACUUCCAACUUUGGGAACCACAAUUGUGAUGACUAAAACCACACCAGUAACAACUACAAGACAAACCAUAACUUUAACGAAAAUUGUCCAGACUGGCACAAAUACACGGCCUUCGGUUUCAGCACCAGCAGUCCGUAAUGCCUUGACCACCGCACCUUCAAAGGACCAGAUCCAGCUAAAAGAUUUGCUGAAAAAUAAUAGUCUUAAUGAACUCAUGAAACUGAAGCCGCCUGCUAAUAUUGCUCAACCAGUGGCAACAGCAGCCACUGAUGUCAGCAAUGGAACAGUCAAAAAGGAAGCUUCUAAUAAAGAAGUUGCACGAAUAUGGAUAAAUGAUAUCAAAAUGAGAAGUUUCUCGCCCACUAUGAAAGUACCAGUGGUUAAAGAUGAAGAAGAACCAGAAGAGGAAGAUGAAGAAGAAAUGGGUCAUGCAGAAACCUAUGCAGAGUACAUGCCAAUAAAAUUAAAAAUUGGCCUCAGACAUCCUGAUGCAGUAGUGGAAACCAGCUCUUUAUCCAGUGUCACACCCCCUGAUGUUUGGUAUAAAACAUCUAUAUCUGAAGAAAGCAUUGAUAAUGGCUGGUUAUCAGCAUUACAACUUGAAGCUAUCACCUAUGCAGCCCAGCAACAUGAAACAUUUCUACCUAAUGGAGAUCGAGCUGGAUUUUUGAUAGGUGAUGGUGCAGGUGUAGGAAAAGGCAGAACUAUAGCUGGAAUAAUUUAUGAAAAUUACCUAUUGAGUAGAAAAAGAGCAUUAUGGUUUAGUGUAUCAAAUGAUUUAAAAUAUGAUGCCGAAAGAGAUUUGAGGGACAUUGGAGCAAAAAACAUUUCGGUUCAUUCAUUAAACAAGUUUAAAUAUGGAAAAAUUUCUUCUAAACAUAAUGGAAGUGUGAAAAAGGGCGUUAUUUUUGCUACCUAUUCUUCUCUCAUUGGUGAAAGUCAAUCCGGUGGUAAAUACAAAACAAGAUUAAAGCAGCUUCUACAUUGGUGCAGUGAUGAUUUUGAUGGAGUGAUAGUAUUUGAUGAAUGCCACAAAGCUAAGAACUUAUGUCCUGUUGGUUCUUCAAAGCCAACUAAGACAGGCUUAGCUGUACUAGAACUACAGAACAAACUGCCACGAGCCAGAGUGGUUUACGCCAGCGCCACUGGUGCUUCUGAACCGAGAAACAUGGCCUAUAUGAACCGGCUUGGAAUUUGGGGUGAAGGAACCCCAUUUAGAGAAUUCAGUGAUUUCAUUCAGGCUGUAGAACGAAGAGGUGUCGGUGCCAUGGAAAUAGUUGCUAUGGAUAUGAAGCUGAGAGGCAUGUACAUUGCCAGGCAAUUGAGCUUUACUGGUGUGACCUUCAAAAUUGAAGAAGUUCUUCUUUCUCAGAGUUAUGUUAGAAUGUAUAAUAAAGCAGUAAAACUGUGGGUAAAUGCUAGAGAGAGAUUUCAGCAAGCCGCUGAUCUUAUAGAUGCAGAACAGCGAAUGAAGAAAUCUAUGUGGGGGCAGUUCUGGUCUGCUCAUCAGAGGUUUUUCAAAUAUCUAUGUAUAGCAUCCAAAGUCAAGAGAGUUGUACAGCUAGCUCGAGAAGAAAUCAAGAAUGGAAAAUGUGUUGUCAUUGGUCUGCAGUCAACAGGAGAAGCUCGAACUUUAGAAGCCCUGGAAGAGGGUGGAGGAGAAUUAAAUGACUUUGUGUCAACAGCCAAAGGGGUAUUACAGUCACUCAUCGAAAAACAUUUUCCGGCUCCAGACAGAAAGAAACUCUUUAGUUUGCUUGGAAUUGAUUUGACUGCUCAGAGUAACAACAGCUCACCCAGAGAUAGUCCUUGUAAAGAGAAUAAAAUAAAGAAACGCAAAGGGGAAGAAAUCAGCAGAGAGGCCAAAAAAGCACGGAAAGUUGGUGGCCUUACUGGAAGCAGUUCUGAUGAUAGUGGAAGUGAAUCUGAUGCCUCUGAUAAUGAAGAAACUGACUAUGAGAGCUCAAAAAACAUGAGUUCUGGAGAUGACGAUGAUUUUAACCCAUUUCGGGAUGAAUCUAGUGAAGAUGAUGAAGAUGAUCCUUGGUUAAUCAGAAAAGACCACAAGAAAAGCAAAGAAAAAAAAAAGAAAAAAAGUAUUGAUCCAGAUUCUAUUCAAAGUGCCUUAUUAGCGUCAGGUCUGGGAUCAAAACGACCAAGUUUUUCUUCUACAUCUCUUGUCACUACUCCCAAUAACACACAAGCUAAUAGUAAUAGUAACAGCAACAGUCUUGUAACAAGUCAGGAUGCUGUUGAAAGAGCCCAGCAGAUGAAGAAAGAUUUGUUGGACAAAUUGGAAAAAUUAGCUGAAGAUCUUCCUCCUAAUACACUGGAUGAACUUAUUGAUGAGUUGGGUGGUCCAGAAAAUGUGGCUGAGAUGACUGGCCGAAAGGGGAGAGUUGUAAGCAAUGAUGAUGGAAGCAUAUCUUAUGAGUCAAGAUCUGAAGCUGAUGUGCCCGUGGAAAUUCUAAAUAUCACAGAGAAGCAGAGAUUCAUGGAUGGGAAUAAGAAUAUCGCCAUUAUCUCAGAAGCAGCCAGUUCAGGUAUUUCAUUACAAGCAGACCGUCGAGCUAAAAAUCAGAGGCGAAGGGUACAUAUGACUUUGGAAUUGCCUUGGAGUGCUGAUAGAGCUAUUCAGCAGUUUGGAAGAACUCAUAGAUCAAAUCAAGUUACUGCUCCAGAAUAUGUAUUUCUAAUUUCUGAAUUGGCUGGAGAGCAAAGAUUUGCAUCUAUAGUUGCUAAAAGACUGGAGAGUUUGGGGGCACUCACACAUGGUGACCGAAGAGCAACAGAAUCUCGAGAUUUGAGCAGGUUCAACUUUGAUAACAAGUAUGGGAGAAAUGCUUUGGAAAUUGUUAUGAAAUCCAUUGUGAACCUAGAUUCCCCAAUGGUAUCACCACCUCCUGACUAUCCUGGAGAAUUCUUCAAAGAUGUCCGACAAGGCUUAAUAGGCGUGGGGCUUAUAAAUGUGGAAGACCGUUCUGGAAUUUUGACUCUUGACAAAGAUUACAAUAACAUAGGAAAAUUCCUAAAUCGUAUUUUGGGUAUGGAGGUCCACCAGCAGAACGCCUUGUUUCAGUAUUUCUCAGACACACUUAAUGCAGUCAUACAAAAUGCCAAAAAGAAUGGAAGAUAUGAUAUGGGUAUUUUAGAUCUUGGUUCUGGGGAUGAGAAGGUGAGGAAAACAGAUGCUAAGAAAUUUCUAACACCAGGAUAUUCAACUUCAGGUCAUGUUGAAUUGUACACGAUCAGUGUAGAAAGAGGCAUGUCUUGGGAAGAAGCAACCAAGAUUUGGGCAGAACAGACAGGACCAGAUGAUGGCUUUUAUUUAUCACUGCAAAUAAGAAAUAAUAAAAAAACUGCCAUCUUGGUGAAAGAAGUGAAUCCCAAAAAGAAGCUUUUCUUAGUUUAUAGACCAAAUACUGGGAAACAGCUUAAAUUAGAGACUUUGGCUGAUCUGAAAAAGAAGUAUAAAAAGGUAGCUUCAGAUGAUGCCUUGGCUCACUGGCUAGAUCAGUAUAAUUCAUCUGCAGAUACAUGUACUCAUGCAUAUUGGAGAGGCAAUUGCAAAAAAGCAAGUUUGGGAUUAAUUUGCGAAAUAGGUCUACGGUGUCGUACCUAUUAUGUUUUAUGUGGCUCAGUACUGAGUGUUUGGACAAAAGUUGAGGGAGUUCUAGCAUCUGUCAGCGGCACAAAUGUGAAGAUGCAGAUAGUUCGGCUACGAACAGAGGAUGGGCAGCGUAUUGUAGGUUUGAUCAUUCCUGCAAAUUGUGUCUCUCCCCUUGUAAAUCUUCUGUCAACGUCAGACCAGUCCCAGCAGCUCGCAGUGCAGCAGAAGCAGAUAUGGCAGCAGCAUCACCCACAGAGCAUCACCAAUUUGAGCAACUUGUAAAAGAAUAGACUGCAGGUUUUUGACAUGGGUGUUUCUGGAAAAGCUAUCCAAGCAUAUCAUUUGCAUAAAAAUCAGGGACAGAUUCCAAAGAAUUUUUUCAGUUGCGCUCUCUCUGGUAAUAUUUUGGGAAUGAGGAGGUACCUGGAAAAGAUGGCCAAACUGAGACUCAGCAAUGCUGAUGGUGGUGCAAAUGUCCUUCCCUACGUAGGCUUUUCCUCUAGUACUUACUUAACUUCCCAUUUGCUUUGACUUUGGGCAAGCAGGGGUGUGUCUUUUUUUUUUUUUCUUUUUUUUUUUUAAAUUCAUGGGCUUUAUUUGUUUGUUUUUUAUUUCUUAAACUAAGACCACAAUUUGUGCAAAAAUGUGUGGAUUUUCCCAAACUGGCUUUACCUUGAUUUUUGUCCUUCAGCGCUCAGGGUUUACGCAGGACAUCUAUGCCGUGGCUGGGCGAGACUUCCCAGGAUGCAUGUCUUUGAGUCUUUAAAUAGAGAAAAUCUUUAUUGGUUCUUCUUUUCAACAUGUAAAACAGGUUUAGAACUAAGCAUGAAAUGGAAAUGGUUGUUCAUCAUGCAUUCGGGUUCUUUCCCAGUUUUUGUUCUGACAGUGCAUGUCUUUGAAAGCACGUCGUGAGUAAGAUCCCACCAAAGUCAGGGGGUGGAGAGGAGCACAGUUGUACGGACAGCUAUGCUUAGUAAGUGUUGCUUUUCUCCCCUCCUCUUCUGAGGCAGUGAGUCCACCACACGUAUGCCCUUCUUUGUGAUAAAAUUCUUAAAUUAAAAAUUAGUUCCUUUUAAUGUAUUAAUAAUAUUCCUAAUGUGCUGCAAAAAAAAAAAAAGGCUCAAAGCCUAUUUUUCUCAAGAUGGCAUUUUUCCUUAAUUGGAGAUGGUUAUGGAAACUAAGUGCAAAUUGACCUCUAUCUUGCAAAACAAUCCUCUUAUUUUUUACUUGUAAUUUAAUUUGUCACUUGUAAGAUGAAACCUUACUUGAGCUGUAAAGUAGACAAUGGGGAAAACACUUGAGGCUUCUGCUGUAUGUGCUCUUUGUUACCCAGUAACUUGAAUACUGUUUAAUAUGUUGUAAGACAUUUGUAGAGUUUAUCUGGAGCUGUUUAAAAUGGUAAUGUACAAAUGUGAAUAGUCACUUAUCUAUGAUAUGGGUAAGUUUUGUUUUGCCUAUAAUAGUAAAUGUUUAUAACAAGUGAGGGACAAUGUUUGUCUUUUUUUUUUCUCUUUUUUUUUCUUUUUUUUUUUUUUUUUUUUGCUUGCACAGGUUGCACUAUUGAAAACUUUUGAGAUUGUAUAAACCUGUCCAGAAAGCUGCAAGAUACCAAAAUCUUGUAGAUGUCAAAUAAAAGUUAUUGUACUAACAAGAAGUGGACUCUUGCUUAGGCAGUCAUCCCAUGUAGUAGCAGUUUCACUUUGGGUGUUGCCUCAGCAUUCUGUUGAAGCUUUCUGUUCCGAUGAAAGUGAGCUCUUUCUGCCCUAAAGAGCUGAUAGGUGGUAGCACUUACCCGUACUUGGACAAGGUCAGUUUCCACGUUGUUUCUUUUAGUCUUCUGGCAUUGACCUGGACGUGGAGAAUUUCCCUCUCAGUAUAGUUAGGUGUUCCUGGCAGAAAUUGAGUGCAGCCAUCUAUCUCUUGCAGGGGGAGUGGGGAGAGGUGGUAAAUUUUCUUUAAGCACAUUCUUGGACAUUUCAUCAUGAGUUUACUUAACAUGCCUUCUAAUGAUAUUAAAUUGAGAAGAAAAAUCUGUCCUCUUUUUUGUUCACUUCCCUGGUUGAAGGAGUCUUUGCAUUCAAGUGAUCUCCUCUUAGAGUACCAGAACUAUGCUUCUGCCUCCAAUUAGACAGCAGAGAAUAAGAUUGCCCCUCAAGGUGUUAGUAUAGGGCACAUGGUAAGACCCCCAUAGUGAUUGGACAAAGAGAUUCUGAAAUAAACCCUUCCAGUGGAAAGACAUAGUGAGAGAAUAGGCCUCUGCUGGCUUCUGGCCAAAUUUCCAAACUUACUUGCUAUUUAAUGGUGGUUUUUAAGUAGAUCAUGAUUUCCUUUAAAGCAGUUCCAGAAUAGUUCUUUCAGUAUGCAUUUAAAUGACAUUAUAGUUGAUGUAUUUAAAUUUACUCUUGGGGUAGUUAAUCUUGCUGCCAGAAGGACAUGAUUUGUGAUACUGUUUUGAUUCCUUGCUAAAAUGAGGCAUGUGUGUAUAUACAUAUAUAUGUAUAUGUGAGCAUGUAGAUAUAUAUGUAUGUGUUUAUAGUGUUUUUGUGUGUACACACACAGAUUUUAAAUGACCAAACUGAAAGUGUCAGAGAAUAGGGAUAAGUGAUACUGGAGGUUUUGUAUUUGAACCCUUCUCAAUGUGGAAGCACGCAAAACAGAAAGUCUUGAUUUUUUUUUUUUUUUUUUUUUUGGUACCCUGAUAGCUUUUGUGUUAUACUUUAAUGAUUACAUGCUCAGGGAAGUGGGAAUUCUAGAGUUUAAAAGCCCCUUCCUAAGAAGAUUUGAUUUCCAAACUCAUGAAGUUAAUCCAUUCUUUAAGGUUUUAGCCAAAGCAACUCAACAUAGAAUCACUCAUUUUAGUCUCACCUUUUUUUGAACUAAGGACUUGAUUUUUAAUCUGACUUUUGUUUUUGUGUCAAAAGCUCAAUGUGAUAUUAAGCUUUGACGUGUUUGUUUAAGGGGUAGGAGUGGGGGAGAAUUUUGGUUUAGAGUGUGUUGGAAUUCCAGGCCAUAGCCUGGUGCAAAAAUAAUUUUUAAAGGUUUUCUCUAAAUUUCUUCAUUGCCAGAGAAGUCUUUGUAAAUUAGUAAUCAGAAUAUUCAGAUAUGCUGUCUAAUGAUUCAUAUUUACAAGGAUAUUAUAUUAACAAAACAUCUCUAACAAAGACACAGCCUCAUUUUCCCUAUUACUCUAAGUAAUUUGUAGUUAUCCAGCUCCAAGGAUAAGCUCUAUACUUCACAUUACUUCACAGCUGCUAUUAGAGGCUAGUAACUUUGGGACAAAAGAAGGCCACUGCCUUUAAAUUGUACUGGGGGGGAGGGGGGGGAAUGGAAAGCAGUUGCCAGUAGACAGAGGCUUUUUAUCCCGAUCAUGUUCUGGUGAGGUCAAAAACAAGCAGAACAUGUAUCAAGGUGGGGCUCAUUUAGAUGAUUCAGUUUGAUGGACUUGAGGCAGUGGAACAACAUUUUCUGGCCUUGACUUUUACUUUGGUCUUUUGGCAAGCAGGCUGGAGAGCUGCCCCCCUAGUAAGGAGCAGAGCAUCCAUACAGAAGUGUAAGGUACAGGCAAGGAGCUGGGAAAGGAAAGUCCAGACCCCUCAGGGCCUCACAGAAAAACACCUCAUUUCUGCUUUUCUUCUAUCUUCCCUUGCUCGGAAGAUGGAAGCUGUGUAAAGAUGUGCAAAAAAUUGGAAGUUCUGUGAAUUAAGGUAUUGUUCGUUCCCAUACUAGAAAAGCAAUUACUAUUACACCACCAGAGUGUUAAAAAUCUACCUUGAUCCUCUACCCUUUUGUUACCUGAGGCCUUCAAGGCCAACUGCUAUAAUAAUUAAAACUUGAAAAAGCUACCAGUCUUCUGGUCAGAACACAGUGUUUUUUUAAGGGCACAUAAAUGAAGGAAACUUGUAUCCUAUAAACAUGCAGCUCAAAUUAGCGAUGCCUUUCCUGAAUAUCCACCCUUCAACCCUACUCUUUACUAGAUGUGUACAGAACUCUGUAUAUAGACAUGUUGAAAGUUACUGAGUUGAGGCCUGUAAAUAUUUUUUGUAAAUGGAGACAUUUUUCCUAAUUUGUUUCAAUUUCCCUCUUCUUUCCCCCUAUUUAUUCACUUGCUGUACUAUAGGGCAUGGGAGUUUUUUUUGUUUUUUGUUUUUUUUUUUAAUCUAGAAAAAUGUGAGAUAGACUUAGCUGAAUUCUCCAUAUAUUUUAAGAUUUCUGUUCUGCAUCCUUACUAUAGAACUUCAGCUGUUUUUGUAUCUUAAUAUUUUUAACAAGCCUGUUUUGCAUUUUUUUUUUGUUUGUUUGUUUCCAAUUUUACACUGUGCAAUGCUUUGGGGGUGGGGGGUGGACUUGUGCACUUUCUGAUAUUGUCAUCGUGUGACUCUGCUCCUUUAUGUUGAUCUUUUGAUGCCAUUAGAAGCUUGGAUUCAUUCUAUCCCACACUUCAGUUGAAAUUUUUCUGCCUUCUAUGGUGCAUUUUGGAGUGUUCAUAUAUCACUCCUAAACAAAUAAGGCUUGAAUCCUCCAACCCUUGCACUUAAAACUCCGAAUUUCUUUUCUCUAACCCCAGUGUGCAGCAACUGAAGGAAACAGUUGUUGAUUUGGAAGCCGUGCAUGGUCCUUUUGCCAUCAUCAUCCUCUUCUCUUUCUUUAGGAAUCUUUUACAAUCAACGCUUUAAACCCUGUGAGUAGUUGGCAGAAAUUUGUGGUCACCUUUUAUCUACUUGUGUGUGUGUUAGAUGUGUUAAUUUUUAAAGAUUUGAACUGACAAUAAAAUUUGUUUGUUUUUUCUUGAGAGGCCAAGAGCUAUGGCCUAUUGUAUGUAGUAGCAUAUUGUGCUGUACAGCUGUACAUACUAGAAACAAGCCUUAAAUUCAUGAUUUUAAGUGGAUUGGUAUAAUGAAGAACGGAGUAGUAGGCCAUUUGAAACUGUUGGGCAUUUCAUCUAAUGGACCUAGAAUAAAUUUAUAACUUCAUUUGGAAUGGAAAUGGAGGCAUUUAGCAUCACCAACCAAAAAAAAAAAUCUUAAAGUGGGUGUCUGUUUUUUGGAAUCCUUAAAAGUUUAUCCAUGUGUGCACAUGUGCACACACGUGAGAGAGAAGCAGUGUUUUGUUUGGUCUUCCAUAGCAAAGGCUACAACUAAACAGGGCUGAGUCCUAGUUGUGUGGGAUAGUAAAAUCCCUUUGGUGUAACUGCUAAUCUAGAUCUUGUACUGGGGGAAUCAAGUGGUGAUCAAAAGAAAUCACCACUUUGGAAACGAAACAAGCCAGUUAUACAUUUUUCCUGGAAAGAAAAUAAGUUUAACUGUUGUUAAUGUGUAACUAGCAAGGACUUUCAUGGCUGGAUAUUAAACACACCAUUGCAUCACAGGUAGUUCUCUUAAAUAUCACAAGAGUUGGGAAGUAUAUGUACAUAUUCUUGUGAUAUUUAAGGGAAGCUAUCUGUUUUAACAAGUUUGGGCUACUCCUUUUAUUUGAUAAAAUGCUUUUACAAAUACCUCCAGUGCCUGACCUUGCUCAAACACAUCUUCCUGCUCCCUGAUUCUCUUUCUUCCAUCUACAGUAACGUUGCAAUCUUGUGUUUGUAGCAUUAUAAAUCACAUUUGUGGCAAUGUCUGAUACCACAACUUUACAGCACAUUCUCUACCUUAACUGCAGAAUCAAGCAAAGUGGAGACUUACGGAGUGAGAAAAGACAUCAUUUGAGUUGUCAUAUGGGAGAGUGUUCCAGGCAGGAAACUAUAUUUCUGGGGGCCCUCACAUUUAUCAGAUGGGCCCAAAUUCAAGAUCUGCAGCAUAGGGGAUUUUUCACUCCUAAACUUGUGGUGCGGAUGUGAUGUGCCCCAAAGCCUCUGGGGUCCCUGCAGGCCCCAGGAAACCUUUUUAGCCAAAUGCACCCUGGGUCGUGGGGGAGGGGUGGUAGCCAGCACUUCUUUUGAUAGUAUUCUGGCACUGAAGAAGAUAAAGAAGUUUGAACUAUUGAUAUUUUGUCUUUCUGACCUUGGCUUUUCUGGGUAGAGAACUUUUCAUUAGAUACGGCACAGUCUAACUGUUGUGAGAAAAACCAUCCAUCUUAAUGGUUUUAUAAUGAUGGCUAAACUACUGAUACUUCUCAAUGACCACUUGUAUCUACCAUCAGCCAUGAGAGGUGGGAAGAGGUACACUGUAUCUCUGCAAUAAGACUUGCCAUGGUUCUACCUCCAAGCAAAGGAUCUUUUUAUAUGUAGGCACAGAGCCUCUUUUUGAUCCCGAAAUGGUGCAUCUUGAGAUGGCGGAAUGGAUUCCAAAGAUGACUUUCCAACCAAGGCAGAUUGUGAAUUUUGCCGACUUGUUGUUUUGCUGGUUUGUUAUUUGUUUGUUUUUUUUUUUUUUUUUAAAUCACCUUUUUUAUAUUUCUACUCUGUUUUUGGAAUUUGUCAUGUAAAGAUUCACUGUCUUGGUGAUGCUGCAUUGCUCCAUGCAACUUUUUCAUGGUGAAACAGUACUCUUGAGUGCUGUUUGCACCAUUCUGAUUUUUAACUUGACAAAAUUGGAAUCUCAUGCAAUAAAAAAAAAUGUACUGGAUGCAUUUAGCAGGGUUUAUACUUGUAAACUGAAAAAAAAAAA